AUUACCCCUCUUUUAAGCAAUCGUGAUCGUAAUCUAAAAUAAUCUAGGGUUCGAAUUUCCCCCCCAAUUCACUGUUUCCAAUCCAUGGGAGGCGGAGCUAUGAGAGCUGUGGCGAAGAUGGCGGGGAUCACAGCCGCUAGCGGCGGCAUGCUCAGCGUCACGGCGGAGCACUAUUCCGCCACCCGGAAGUCUGCGUCAGCCCGUCCCUUGGCGCCAGCAUCAGAGGAAAUGAAGCUGGUGGCCAGGCCGUGCUUGGAAUUGGAUGAUUGGGUGUUCCCUGAUGCGCUGGAGGCCGGAGGUCACCGGAUGCCUAGGGUUGUUUUUAGCGGCACGCCGACGAUUAAGGAAGCGGAAGAGGCCACUUCUGAACUCUCAGCCGCACUUGAAAAGACCUAUCUGUCGACUCCAAACUCGGUUGGAAAUGAUGAUUCAGAGACCAAAGCAUGCAUCACUAGUCAGCAUGCUGUUGCCCCUUCUGUUCCAGCCCCUGCUAUCAUGGCCUUCAGGUUCCUGCAUGAGAACUCAAUGGCCAAGAAUGUUGUUGCUUCUAUUGCCUGUGAUCAAAAUGUUUGGAAAGCAGUAUUGCAAAACGAAGAUCUUCAGCAGUUUCUGCAGUCGCACACACCAUGUGACUCUCGGCCAGACUGGACGGAGCCAGUUGCAGAUUAUGAUGGUGUGGAUCAGAACUCUUCAACGGGAUCAGAAGCCAACUAUGAUGCGAAAAGCUCCACAGGGUCAUCUGAGCACUCAGAAUAUGAGUUUGCAGGGGGAUUUAUCGAUAUAAUUGAGAAGGUGAAAAGUAGUGUGACUGAUAUGGUGAGUAACUUGUCCGGUUACCUGCAGAAUCUAUUUGGAGUGAAGGGUGGCGCAGAUGGUACAACAAGAGUAAAUGCAGAUGCUGUCAUGCAAACAUCAUUCAUGGGAUUGGCUGUGAUGGCCAUACUUGUGAUCUUGCUGAAGCGAACCGAACGAGCAUAAAUUAGUCGAAGUGAACUUAAUCCAAAAAUCUAAGUUGUGUAAAAUGAAUUUCAAAGGGAGUUUGAUCGUUUUCGGGAUGAUGAUGAUGAUGAAUUAGAUAUAGUGGCUUCUUAUUUCUCUUUUGGUUCGACAUUCUUAUUACUGAUGUACACAAUUGUCUAUAUACUCAUGCACCAGGUUUUGCACUGAA